AGCUAUGAAAUUCCCCUGCUCGCCUUCCCUCCUCAACUUCUGUUCCCUUCUUGUUUUCUCUUGCGAUGGUGGACUUCUUUUCCAGACCCACCAUUGAAGAGGACCCCAACAAUCCAGCUUCCCCUCCUCCCCAUACCAGCGAAAAGGAGUCCCUCGGCGACCCCAAGCUCGUUGAUUUGUCUUUGGCCGAUUCAUUCCUCGAUUUCGACUCCAUCAAGGAGCUGUUUGAGGAUAACUUGCUGCUGGAUGCCACUAGCUUAGACAAGGUGGAUAUUCGGGAUUUUGAGCAUAUGUUUGGGAUGGAUUGUGAAGUUCCUACUGUUGGUGAGCGAAUGGUGGAUGGGUCUCAUUCAGUUUCUGUUGAUACUCAGCUGAUUGAAGCAGGCUCGGAUUACAGGGGGCAGGUAAAGAAGGAACCUUUGGAGUUGCAGAGUGGGGAUAUUCUUCGCCGCUCUAUAGAGGCGGAAAUAGGAAGAGUAAGUUUGGUUGGCAAUGGCGAUGACGAUGGGGUUGUUGAUGUGAAGUGUGAAGCAGAGAUAAGGGAGGCACCUGCGGAGAAGGAAUUUCUUAGCUCUGUAGCGGUGAAGAUCGAGGCAACCGGUGAUGGCGUAGAGGCUCCUAAUGUUGGCAGCUUGAUCAGCUGCCCGAGCUCUGCCGUUGAUACUGGGGGUGGUGUGGUCAGUUUUACGAAUGGCGUUGAAGGUGAUUCGGAUUCUGACGGCGAAAGUAGCUCGUCAGAUUCUAGCUCAUCAUCAUCAUCCGACUCUAGCAGCAGUGAUGACGAGGAAGUGGAGGAGAAAAAGGAUAGUUCGAUUCUGAGAAGGGACCUUAAGUUGGAGGUGGUAAAGCAAGUGACUGAAGUUGAGAUUGCAGAGGGUGAGAUGGAAGAGGGUGAAAUAAGAGAUGGUUAUGGAGAUAAUGUGGUAGGUGGAGGUGAAGAUAAAGAUGAUGACGAUGACUAUGACGAGACCGAGACCGAGACUGAGGUUGAAAAAAUGGUGGAAUGGAGUGAUGUUGAUGAUGAAGAUGAUGCCGAUGUUGGUGUUGAGAAGGGCCCUAUUAGAUCAAAGAACGAACUGCAGGUCCUACCACAUGUUCCUCCUGUCAAUGCUGUGCUGCUACCCCAUCAUCAGCCACAACCUGUUGGACUUAUCUCAUCUGUUCUUGGUACACAAGUCAUUGUAGAAGGGGCUGAGAAGCACAACCCUCUGAAUGAGGGUUCUAUCCUUUGGUUAACUGAGAAACGAUCUCCACUCGGGCUGAUAGAUGAAAUAUUUGGACCUGUGAAGAACCCAUUUUAUAUAGUGAGAUUCAAUUCUGACAGUGAGGUUCCCGAGGGCAUUUGCGAAGGUUCUCUAGUCUCCUUUGUUCCUGAGUUUGCUGACUUUGUCCUGAGUGACCAAAGCCUGUACAAGAAAGGAUAUGAUGCAUCUGGUGAGAAUGAUGAGGAACUGUCCGAUCCGGCCGAGUUUUCAGAUGAUGAGAAAGAGGCAGAGUACAGGAGGAUGCAAAAAAUGGCGAAGAGGGGUAUGAAUAAUGGCCAGGAAGUUGUCAACAAUAAGAAAAGGAAUAAAAAGAAGGUUGAAGAUAGGCAAGAAAGGGAUUGGAAGAACAACAGCAGCAACAGUAACAGUAACAACAAACCUCCAUGGCGGCAACCUCGAAUGGGCACUAAUCAGAAUCCACACAAUGGAAAUCAGUAUAAUCUGCCUCCACCUCCAGCUCCACCGAGUAAUAAUGGAAAUGCUUUUGUUCCACCCUUCCCGCCAAUGUUGCAGCAGCAGAACCCUGGGAAUUUUCCUGGGAAUUGGCCGAAUGGGGUAUUUCCUCAACAUCAACAGAAUCCAGCAGCGCCAAAUUUUGGUGGUUUCCAUCCUCUUCCUGGUAACAUUCAGAAUGCACUGCAGAUGGUGAUGCAGCACAUUAUGCCAUUUCCGCAGCAGUUCAACCCUGGCCAGGGGUCACUUCCUGCUAAUGUAAUGCCAUCAGGGCAGCCACCCAAUUUCUUCCCUGGCCCUGGUUUCAUGCAUUGGCCAGCAGCAGCACCUGGAGCAGGAGUUAUGAACCAAGGUUGCUUUAACCAAUCUCCAUUUGGGAUAGGCUUUUCGCCUCAACCAACCAACCCAACCAUGAACAUGGGAGACCAAGGAAUGAGGGAUGUUAAUGGCAGCGCGCAGUCAUCGUUAAACAAUUAUGGUAACAGCAGUCAGUCUCCUCUUCCCCAGAGACCUGGAAAUAGUCUCAGCAGCCAGCCACCUCAGAAUUUCAACGCUGGUGGAGUGGGCUUUCUGCCUCAACCAACCAACCCAACCAUGAACAUGGGAGACCAAGCAACGAUGGCUGUUAAUAGCAGUGCGCAAUCAUCAACCAACAUCCCUGGCAGCACCGGUCAGUCUCCUCAGCAAUCGGGAAAUAGUUUCGGGAGCCAGUCGCGUCAGAAUUUCAAUGUGGGUUCUGGUCGCGGAAGGAAACCCUUUCAUCGCAGAGGUGGUCAGUUUGGAGGUAGGGGAGGUAGAUAGUCUCACCUGACUGACUAUGUUCCUUGUUGUAAGAUCAUGGCUAUUGUUUGUUGUUUUACUUUUAUUGAGAACCUAGUGCUUUUUAUUUUUGAAGUUAUCAAUGACUCGAGUUUUGGGUGUAAACAAAACAAACUCGGGCUUGAAGUGUUCCAUUUUGUAUAUGGUUUCCUCUCUCUUCAACUCCUGUUUAUUGAUGAGAAGCGCAUUCAUUCAAUCAUGUUGCUACACUGUCUGUCAGUUGGAGCAGCUGUGUGGCCGAGUUUUGUGUUUUGUUUUACAGGGACGAACAGCCUCAGGUAGAAUCUGCAAAGUGUAGCUUAGCUUUCAAAAUUCGGGUAGAAUGCUUAGCUUUCAAAAUUAAGAAAACUGACCUUUCGAAAAAUUCGUCAGGAAUCUGUGAUGAUAUCCGUUUGGAUUCUACCAAAAAUUACCUCGGAAAAAAUAUGUCCAAAUUGGGCUUAAUAAACAUACUCCUCUUUUGUAUCCAUCUACUGUAGCAAGUUAACAAACAUAUCCCUCUACUAUUAUUUCGCACAAACGUAACUCUCUAUUAUAAAAAUAUAAUUAACGCAUCAUUCCAUUCGAAAUUCCGUUAGUUGGCCGUUAAAUUAAUAUACAAUGGCCAAAUUAUUCCUUACUUAUUAAAUAAUUAUUUACGUUUUUGCAACGGAAAUUAAACAUAAAACAACUUGCCAUACAACUAAUUUUUGCAUCUGCCAUUGACAUCGAGAGUUUGCACUGACAUCCAUGUUUUAUUAUCGUUGCAAAAACGUAAAUAAUUAUUUAUUAAGGGAUAAUUUGGACAUUUUAUACAUAUUUAACGGCAACUAGCAAAAUUUUGUAUGGAAGGCUGCGGUAGUUACAUUUUGAUAAUAGAGAUUUACUUUUGUUCGAAAUAAUAGUAGAGUAGAGGGGUAUGUUUGUUAACUUGCCAUAGUAGAUGGAUAUAAAAUGCUAUUAACUCUUAAGUUUAUUAAACAUCAAUUUGAGCGUAUUUUUCUCGAGGUCAUUUUUUGGUAGAUUCCUAAGGGAUACCAUCACAGAUUUAUGACAAUUUUUUCAAAAUGUCAGAUUCCUUAAUUUUUAAAGAUAUACAUUACAGAUUCGACCUGUGACUAUUCGUCCCUGUAAAACAAAACACAAAACUCGGCCAUAGAGCUGCUGCAACUCACAACAUGAUUGAAUCCUAUCGAUCCUAUUCUCCACCGACGACCAAGUCUCUUAAGCACCAAAUUGAGCCAAUUUAUUUUGGAAUGACAUUUUCGUAUUUUUUGGGCGAUUAUUUUUUCGAAAGACAAUUUUCUUUGGAUUUGAAGGCUACAAUUUUGCCCUGAGGCUAUUCUUCAACAAUGAUUAAAUCCAUUAAGCACCGAUUUAGGCGAAUUUCUUCCUGGUCCAUUUUUUGCAGAUUCGAAAGGGGUACCAUCACCGAUUUCGGCGAUUUUUCCGAAAUGCCAUUUUCUUUUUAUUUUGGAGGCUACAGAUCACGGAUUGAGCACGACGCUAUUCUACAUCGAUAAUGAAGUCUAUUGAUCCUAUUCUCCACCGUUGAUUAUGUCCAUUAGGCACCGAAUUGGGACAAUUUUUUUUGGAUGACAUUUUCUGAAUUUUUUUGGAAUUUUUUUCCGAAAGGUCGUUUUCCUUGAUUUUUGAAGGCCACUGAUCAUGGAUUCGGUCUGAGGCUAUUCUUCAACGAUGAUUAAGUCCAUUAAGCACCGAUUUUGGCGGAUUUCUUCUGGGUCUAUUUUCGGUAGAUUCUAAAGGGUAUCAUCACCGAUUUUGGGCGAUUUUUCCGAAAUGUCAUUUUCUUUCGAUUUUGGAGGCUACAGAUCACGGAUCAGCCUGAGGCUAUUCUCCACCGAUAAUGAAGUCUAUUGAUUUUA